AUGGCGUCGAUCGGACGGUAUCGACGGCGUCGUUUGCCGGCUGAUCUCAAGGGCCGACGUUUAACCAGAGCAGCAACUUCCAAUUCCGUCGUGGGAUAUUGCCUUUUCUACGAGUCUAUGUUGGACACCGUAAUUUACGCCCGAGAUAAGUGGCUCAAACCGAACACCGGUAUGAUGUUUCCUGACCGAUGUACUCUUUUUGUAUCAGCUAUUGAAGACCGACAGUAUAAGGACGAGAAGAUCAACUGGUGGGAUAAUGUAUAUGGUUUCAACAUGAGCUCAAUUCGCAAGGUUGCUAUCAGUGAGCCUCUAGUUGAUGUUGUAGAUCCGAAACAAAUCGUUACCAGUGCAUAUCUUGUAAAAGAAAUUGAUUUAUAUACUGUUCGCAAGGAGGAUCUUGAUUUCGAGUCUCCGUUCCAUCUGAUAGUCAAACGAAAUGAUUUUAUUCAAGCUCUAAUUACGUACUUCAAUGUUGAAUUUACGAAAUGUCAUCAACGACUGGGAUUUAGCACUUCACCAGAAUCACCUUACACACACUGGAAGCAAACUGUGUUUUAUUUUGAUGAAUAUUUAACUGUUAAGAAAGGUGAAGAAAUUUACGGAAUGUUCACUAUGAAGCCGAACGCAAGGAAUAACAGAGAUCUAGACUUCAUGAUUGAUUUACAUUUUAAAGGAGAGCUUUCGCAAGUUAACGAAAAAAAUCACUACAGAAUGCGUUAAUUGAAGUCGCUAUUCCAGUAUGCAAGACGUGUGAAUUAAGCCAACUCAUAAAACAUAUUUUACUGAAUAUCAUUAAAUGACCCCACCCAAGAGGUAAAAAUUAUACACUGAACAAACCUCCUAAAGGAAGCUACGUUUUCAUAGUUCAUGUUUUAUUGAUUAGUUUGACUGUUCACCACCACAUCCCAAUACAAUAAACAGAAAAAAAUCUCACUCAAUUGGAACAACCGAAAAUAUAACUUGUCAAGUAGACCGAAACAGAAACUAGAUGAUAUUUUGAUUGGUACAAUAUAAUUUGUAACGUAAUAAACAAAAAAAAACUACAAUAGUAAUGACAUAAACAUUUUUGACAUUAUUUUCUUAUGAGCUUCCAGCGUGACAAUUAUUAAUCACAAACAUUUACACAAAAAUAACAUGUAAUUAUUCAUCACGGCGCUAGUUUGCUUCACCUUUAUAAGAGAUCUUUCAAAAACAAAAAUCAAAGAUAGUAACAACAUAAAAUCCUUAUGGGUAUUCAUGUCGAACUCGUAAAAAAAUACUCAUCUCUAUUGACGAGUAAUGAAAAAUAUACAAAGUAUUUUUAAAUGAGCUCGACGUGAAGAUCCCUAUGUUUAGCAAGGAACAAGCAUAAAUAUUACUUCUAAAACAUAAUUGUGAUGUAAAUUCAUAUUUGUGAUGAAAUGUCCGCCCGUUUGAGUUGAAAUUAUUUAAAUUACUCCAAGAAAAAAAUGCUAACAGUCAAA